AUGGCCGGCCUAGGACGCGUUGUGCCUGACCGGACUGAUCCUGGGGCCAAUGGAGCAACCGACAUUAAAUGGGGUGCAGGAAUUGUCGGUACAAUACCAGAAGGGAGGCCAGAGUUAGAGAAUUUUCGAGCAAGUGGCACUAAGGUCGAGCGCGGAGGCGCCCCCUCGCCAACGCCGAAGCACGACUCCAAGAUGUUCUUUCCUCUGGCUCAUUGA